UCACUGUCAUGUCAAUUGUCAAAUUUUACUCAAAGUAUUUAAACACAAAUUGUUUGAAUUUAUCUAUCUUUUGCACAGUAAUUAAUAUUCUAAACAAUGAAUAUAAAAAUUGAACUUACCACGGAUUCACGGCAUAAUCUUACAGCAAAAUCGGAUAAAUCCGAUUUAACAUACCAGACCUUCGUUAAAAAUAUUGCUACACAUCAAUUUCAGGUGAAAGCCAUAAUUCAGGAUAUAUUGGAGUGUAGAGAGUCCAUGGAGACAUUAAAUGAGUUGAAUGAAAAAGGCAGAUCAAUGAUAAAAUUACUGAGGGAAGAAAUAGAAAAUUUACAUGCAUAUGUAAAUGCUUCAGAUCCAAAAUAUCGUGAUGAACUAUCCUCCCAACGACAUCUGUUGGCUAGUUUAUUGAAAGAAUUCAAAGAGGCCAAUAUAAGCAGUAUGUUUGCCAUUGAGAAAGUUCAAAGAACACACCUACUUCAAUCUGAAAAUGGAGAAGAGAGUGUAAUCAAGAAUAGAAAGAAAAAAGUUGAUAGUGAUGGCCUUUUAAACAUGUCUACAGGUGUCACAGAACAAUUGCUGUCAAUUAGUCGACAAUUAGCUGCUACAACUCAAAGAAGUCAGGACACUUUGGACAAUUUAGUAUCAUCCAGUUCUACAGUGCAUGGUACUCAAUCAGAGCUUCAAAACACGGGAAGCACUAUUGCCCAGUCAAGUAAAUUACUCAAAAAAUAUGGACGAAGAGAAUUUACAGAUAAAGUGAUCAUGUUUUUUGCAUUCCUUUUUUUUUUAGCUGUAUGUUUGUAUAUUGUUCAAAAGAGAUUAUUUUAAAGUAGUAAUAAACCUAUUGUCUGGCGAGUUAAGCAAAAAAAAAUACCCUUCUACAGAAAAAAAAAUGCACAUUAGGAGUAAAUAUUUGAUUCUGGUCAUUUGUGUGUAAUAUUAUAUGUUACUUAAGUUUAUUUAUCAUUAUUUUUAUAUAGUUAAAUUUGACAGUUAAAAUAUUAUAGCAGCAUAAUCUCCAUAAAUGUGUUAAUAAAAUCUUUUUCCAUGACUUAUAUUUAAUUUCCUAUGUUUAUAUUUAAAUCAGAAACAAACUCUUAAAGUUGAAUCGAAUAAUUUCGAUUAAAGAUGCUACAAUAACAAAAUUCAAGCUAUAAUUAUAUUCAAGCUUUAUAUAUAUAUAGGUAAUUAUUUUUUUGAGUAAUUAAAAAUUACCUAAGUAGUACUGAAAUGGCCAAGGAAGUUGUCAAUAAGUACAUAUAAAUGUAAUUGAAGUGCCCGUCUAUCAUUUCAAAAUAACUGUUACCUCAAGUGCUUUUAGUUAAUUAAAUAAACUACACUAUACCCACCAAUCACUACAAGCGUUUUUAAAAAUUUCGUCUGAUAGUCCGGACUGUAUCAUUCAGUGUUGCCAGUUGGAUCUUAUGAGAAGCCGAUAUAUUAAAAAAGUAACCUUUUUGUGUAAAAAGUAACCUUUUGACUAACUACUCUUGCUUUUUGCUUUCCACAGCAUGGCUAAACAACCAUAUCAGCCUCUGGGGGCUAUAGUAAUCUUGUUUUUUUUUUUAUAUCUGUUUGUUACGAAUAUUAAAUUACUACAAACCUAAGGAGAUUUUACUCGUAAAUAGAAUCAUCUUAAGUAAGGCCCUGAUUGUUUGCCUUUUACUUAUGGGAUAAGAAAAAUACAAUUAAAGAGCAAGGAUUUAAAAACAAUAGCCGUUAAUUUCUUAAAUUCAUACUUGAUUUUUUUAAGAAAUUCAAUGUGACUGCAACUUCCUUAUUUCGCAACGUCAAUUGUAACGUCUUCAUUUAUAGCGAGAUUGACACAGAAACAUCGUUGAGUUCUUGAGCAUUUGUCCGCAUUUCUUGAUUUAACGACCGUUCUGUUUUAGAUAUACGAAAUUGUAAGUUAAUUCCGAAAUAUCACGUUAAAUUAACCUUUUUAUUAAUGUUACCUAAAAGUUACCAAUGCAGUCAAAAAAUCACCUAAAAGGUUACAAAAGUAACCUUCUGGCAACACUGGUAUCAUUGGGACGCCUGAACGGAUUUUAACUAAGAUUUAGGGGGAGAUUGGCGGCAAAAUCGUAAUCCACUAUAUUUUGAAAUUAAAAAAAAAAUCUUAAAAUCGUCAAAAGUCAAAACCUCAACGUCAAAAAAAAAAAAAAAGAAAAGUUCGACCUCAAAAAAUAUUUAGUGAUGUAUUUUAUUAUAUAUUAUUAUUAAACUGUUAAAUUCUUGGUUUUAAUUUUUAAUUAAAGUAUUUGUUGUUUGCUGAAUGUAGUAUGAAUUUGUAUUGGUAUUGAUGUAUUCCUCUUUGGCAUUUGACCUUUUAUUUGAAGUCCGCAUUUGAGUUUGACGUUUGUGUCGAAGUUCUGUCGUCUGUGUUUCUCUGUUUGUGUCUUUGGUUAUUGGUUUCGUAAUCGUAAUUCGUAAAUUGUAGCAAAAAAUAAAAUAAAAUAUUGAUUUUUAAAGGUCAUUUUAUAUUUUAGCAAGCUAUUAUUAAGAAAUUUGUAAAUAAUGGCUGCUCUAAUAAAACUUCGACAGAUGUCCAUAGUUCAAAAAGCUGUCUGGAACCAUCUUUCGAAGACGAAUCGCUGCAUUUCAACUUCGAAGAAGAAUAGUGACACAGUAACUCAUACAGCGGCUAGUGAAUGCCCACCAGAAGAAAAAAAUUGGGUCAGCUAUGGGUUUGAUUAUAAAAGCAAGGAAGAAGAUACGAGCGCACAUCACUCCUCAUUCUUUUUUUCAGUGACUUUGUGCCUAGUGUUUGGUAGUUUUGCAUGGGCCUACGCACCAGACGUCCACCUAAGGGAUUGGGCUCAAAGAGAAGCUUAUCUAGAACUGCACCGCCGUGAGAAAGCUGGUCUUAAACCAAUAGAUCCUAAUUACAUAAAUCCAAAGCUUAUGAAGUUGCCAUCUGAAAGUGAACUUACUGAUGUUGAAAUUAUCAUUUAAUUACAGAAAAUAUGCUGUUAUUUAAACAUUAGAGGUACAAAGUUUUAGUAAAUCAUGUCAUAUUUGUUUAUAUUUAAAUGAAACUGGUUUUAAUAUUGUGUUCUAUUGUUUUUCAUUAUUUCUAUACAAAGUGUUUUCAAUGAGGUCCUAAUGUCAUAAAUAUAAAUAUGAUGAGAUUAUA